GCGGCCGGCGCGCCUCGUUCAGCGACGCGGUCGAGGAAAUCCUUGCCGAGGCCGAGGGCGGCGCGAGGCUCGCCGGGCCAAGGACUUCCAGCCCGUGGCCUCGCGUGCCGAGAGGUGCCGCGCGGCAGGCCGAGGCGGGCGGCGUGGGCGGCGGGACGCGUGCCAUCGUCGAGGGCCUCCGGGCCGACGCGGAGGUCGCGGGCACGCGCGGAGCGGAGCGGCAGCCUUCCCCGGCCCCCGCGAAGGCGGCUCGAGGCGGUCGUGCUUCGGGGGCGCCUGCGCUGCAGGCGCCUCGUGCUCGCCGGACGUCGUGGGGCACCUCGUCGACUGCAGAGUCCUCGCCGGAGACCGACUGCUCGAGCAGCAGCCCACCCACGUCCGCGCUGGAGGACAGCGAGGCGGAGGAGGUCGCCGAGGAGACCUCGUUCGCGAAGACGGCCCAGGUGCGGCGCAUUCGGCGCAGCGUCACGGCCAACCACGGACCGGGCCUUCCUCCUGGCGCUCUGCCAGCACCAACGAUGUCGAGGAUACUCUCACGGCGUCGAGGAUCCUGUCUCCAUGUGCGUACCAGCUGA